AUGGCAGGAACUACCAACGACUUCCAGAACGGUGCGCCCUUCUACCUCGAUGCGACGCAGCAGGAUCUCCUCCUUGCAGCUCUGGCCUCGAACAACCAGAACCCAAACGACCUCUUUUCCGCUGGCUUCGACAACGGCUCUAGCAAUAAGCAGUCUAUGAGCAAUUCGCAGUUUCAGUAUCCCCUCGAUAGUCUCGAUCCCGCAUACUUCACCUCGCCGCAACAGCAGGCGCCCACGAACAACUUCAACAACAGCAUGGACGAAAGCCCCUUUGUCGACUACCUCGACGGAGACAAUAGCUUCGACUUCGACAACGCAGACGGCGACAUGAUUGGGUCGCUGCCCGGCGACACGCCCGGCGAUUCAAGCGAAAAGCGGAAGAGCCCGGGUGACGAGGGCGACGACGAUGACGAGGGCGGCGGCAAGCGAAGAGAGGGUGAAGACAAGCAAGCGAAGAAGCCGGGGCGUAAGCCGCUGACUUCGGAGCCUACGACUAAGAGGAAAGCCCAGAACCGCGCGGCCCAACGAGCUUUCCGAGAACGUAAGGAAAAGCACCUCAAGGACUUGGAGACCAAGGUACAAGAGCUCGAGAAAGCUUCUGAUGCCACAAACCACGAGAAUGGGCUCCUGCGGGCUCAAGUGCAACGGCUGCAGAUGGAACUUCGCGAAUACCGCAAACGACUCUCAAUGAACAGCACCGGAGUGACACGCACUCCACCACUCGCUGGAGGCUUUAGCUCGAUGCUGAACAACAAUAGCAGCAAUAACAACUUCUCUUUCGAAUUCCCGCGUUUUGGCGGACUCCCUGGCGCCCAGCUCCUAGACAACGGUCCUUUGGCCAAGAAGAACGCAUCAGUUUCGACAAAUGCGUCAAGUCGGCACAACAGCACCGGACCUGCGCUUAGUCCGACCAGCAAGGCUAAUGGCCAGCUCACAAACUCUCCAGGCGCUAUGACAGGCAACGGGCAGCGUUCUGGCAGUCUGAACGGCUUCUUCGGUUUCGACAGCAGCAAAUCGAACAACAAUGACACUCCUCGCAGCAACACCGAGAGCUCUACUAGCUCACAAUCACGCGUCUUCCAGUUCAACAGCGGCUCAUCCAGCCAUUCAGAUUCCCCAUCCAACUCCUCUACAUCGCCCACCAAUCAGGACUCGUCGUGCGGAACGACCCCAGAGCCAAGUCAUACCUCGCCGAAUCAGCAGGCGGACACAAUCAAGGACGGAUAUGUGUGUCACGGAAACUCCGAAGGUGAGGUUCUCUUCUGCGAAAAGCUCAACAUGGCCUGCGGCAACCCUCGUAAUCCCAUGCCCCGUGCGAUGUCCACAUCUGACGACAAACCUUCUCCUGCAGUCUUCUCACCCACCCUAUCCAACGCCAACAACGCCAACAACAACAACAAUAAAUCUCCCACACCCGCAUCGGCGGCGCUCAACGGCAUCGAUUACUUUGCGAACCAAAACGGCGGACAAUUCGAUCCGAUGCUUUUCGGAGAAUACCGCGAUACGCAGAAUGCAAUCGUUGGGGACGGCAACGACUUUACGAAUGGCUUCUUCAACGAUGCUUUCCUCAACACUGGAUACGGUUCUCCCUUCCACUUUGGCGAUACACCGGCUGUGCAGAAGACAAAUCCGCUCGAGGAGAUUGAACGCAUACAAGAUGGGGAGGACGAGGUUGUUCCAGGCGAGGAUGUCAAUUCUUUGCUGAAUUGCCACAAGAUUUGGGACAAAUUGUCUAGUCGACCGGAUUUCAAGGAUGGCACCAUUGACAUUGACAACUUGUGCUCGGAGCUGCGUGCCAAGGCUCGUUGUUCGGAGAGCGGCGUCGUGGUGGAUCACAAGGAUGUUGAGGCAGCGCUUAAGCGUUUACCGAAAGAUAAGCUCCUCGGAUAA